AUGGCCCUGCGCUUGCGCCGGAGUGUGCCCAUCACUCCUUCACUCAAGCGACGAUGUCCGCGCCGUGCCGUGGUCAUGAACCUGGACGCGCUGAGCACGAUCCAGAGCUUCCUCGACCGCCAGACCCUGCUCGCCUGCAUGAUGACCUCCAAGGAUCUCUAUCACUCUGGCGUCCGCUUCCUGCUUCGAUUUGACACCUCUCUCACGACAGACGCCCACGUCCAGUCCUUUGCCGCUUUCGUCGCCCGCGACAGGCGCACCCGGCUGCACCUCCUCCGACAUUUCUCUUUGGAGAUCAGCGACACCACCUCGUCUGCCGUACCGUUGGCGAAGGAUUUGCUACUCGAUGUGCUCAGUUAUUCACCAUUAUUGGAGAAGCUCGUCAUCGAGGGAUUUACAUCCUCGCUCGGGGAUGAUACCACCGUCGUUCGGUUGAUCACCCACCUCCGGCAUCUCAAGGAACUCCACAUCCUCGUUUCGCGCGAUACCGCACCGGCGCUACUGUCAGACCUGUCCGCGCCCGUCGCAAAGCUCGACAUUCACGUGCUCGACGACCUGGGUGACCCAUGGGAGGCGAUGCCAAUGGUCACCCGCUUCACGCGUUCGCUCGAAGAGCUUUGCCUGUCAGCGCUCGUGACCCUGACUUCCCUGCCCAACCAUGCCGUCUUCCCGCGCAUGCAUCGCCUAUCACUCAACGGCGCCUACUUCCGUCACGUCGCACCCCUUCUAUUCGCAUUCCCCAAUCUCAACGAGCUAUACGUCGCAUACGCCCAUCUGCACCAGCACGAGAUCGAAGAUACGCGAGCGUCGAACAUUGCUGCACAGGCUGUUAGGCGCUGGGAGAAGCUUGAUGACCUGUCGGGCGUUCUCCGCGCGCUAUAUGUCGCAGCUAUAGACGCGGACGUUCACAGGAUGAGCAUACAACUCGUCGACUGCCUGGAGACGGACAUCAUGCGCCUAAAUGCCGUACUUGAACCCACGCGCCCGCGUGUGCUCAACCUGGAUUUCUUGCUGCGUUUGGUACGCGAGUUGCCAAACAUGAUUCCGGAGGAGGCGGGCAAGAACUUGCAGGCGUUGAGGUUGUGCAUCAAUAUGGCAGCGUGCACGCCGGAUAUGUGCGCCGAGAGCAUACUGGACGGCAUCUAUGGCCUACUCGCCCCCUUCUCCUCGCUCACGCAUCUCACUGUCCGCCUCUUCUGCCCCGACUGGAGCACGGACUCGCGUGAAGCAUAUCGCGACCGUGUCGCUGCAUUCCGUGGUAUGGAGAUACACUCAAUUGCGGAGCGCGUUGUGGAAGAAGUCCCGAACCUAAGGCAUCUGAUGCUGGACAUCUGCCCUGGCGCGACGCUCACGCAGACCGACGGCCCGCAGCUCUCAUCAGGCCGUGCGGCAGAGUAUUGGGAGUGCCGAGAGGGCCAGGUCGCGCUUGGCGAGUGGGCCGAGGGCGAACGACUCAUGACGGAUGUCGGGUUAUAG